CCAAGCGCUACUCUUUUUCAGUGAUGGUAGGAUGGGGACUAUUCAUUCUGAAUCCGAUGCAGAUAAUUAACUAAAGUUUCAGCCUGUAGGUGAGAGACCCAUGACUCCCUAGCCACUGUUGGGAGUAAAGGCCGGAUUGCACUUAUGGUUCUAACCAAGCAUUUUAGCAAUAAAUUUUAAACUGGAUGAACGAGAGUUUUAUACUACAAAUGUAACAGUUUACUUCUGUUAUCUUAGUUAUUUUCAGAAUAGAAAACGCAAAAAGAUUUCUUUAAAUAUGCUUGUAGGGUAGUCCGUGUACUUUCUUAAAUAAAUAGGAAAUAAAAAAAAAGCAGAAUUAACCGUUUUACGUUAUUUUACCCAUUAAUUAAAAACGUGUGUUAUUUUAAAGUUGUUUUAUUUUUUAAUCAUAUUUUUUUCGGGAUUGCUACCAUGCUGUUUUAAUUUGAUCGUAUACUAGUUUUACAAAAUAAAAACCUCAAAAAGAUAACUUUAAUUAUGCUUGUAAGUGUAGUCUCUGUACCAUUUUUAAAUAAAGGUCAUAAAAACAAGCAAAAUUACCCGUUUUUCGGGUAUUUUACCCAUUAAUAAGUAUUGCGCUAUAAUUGUUUUAUUUUAGAAUAAUAGUUUCCUUCAGGAUUGUUAACUAGUUUUAUUUCUCUCUAGCUUUCCUCUAACGGCUUCGUCCUCGUGGUCUUGUAUUAUAGAUAAAAACCUUCCUUUUGAAUGACCCUGUCUAUGAAAAAAAACACCGCAUCAAAAUCCGUCGCUUAGUUUUAAAGAAUAAAACAUACAUAGGGAUUAUAGGGACAGAGAAAGCGAUUUUGUUUUAUAUUAUGUAAUGAUAGUGAUGCUACAUAACAGAAAUAACUAGGCAGGUGAUUGCAAAUGGUUUAUUGAGAAAGACAAUGUAUGUAUGGCAUAAACAGUCCCAUUUUCGUUUCUGUGUGUGUGUGAACAAUGACUAUGUUGCGCUCCCGCAAACAACCCAGUCGUCUACACUAUCUCACAUGUCAUUCGCCGUACCCACCCACACGCAUUGCAAUAAAAAAAGCUAUAAAAAUAUAAGGACAAAUGAUUCGUUUCGCCACUUGUCAAUUUGCUGUCACAUUGAAUAAAGCAUGUGGGUGAAUGUUUUCUACAUUUGUAAUAAUAAUUUUUACCUACUUUAUUUUUCUACUAUUUAGAAGCAACAGCCAACAAUCUUGUUUCAUAAUCACAUACAACUGGCUUUGUUAUAUUCAAUACCUGUAUUGAGUAGGUCCCAUGUAUUUUAAUUGAUUCAGUGUUUCAUCGUUUUAAAAAUAAUAUGACUUAUCGGUACUUCGUUGCGGUUUCUUGAAGCAGGUUUUUGUAAAUGACACCUAUCUACCUAUAACUUUAAAUAAGCGAAACAAGCAAUAAUCUGAUUCGUUACAAAAAAUGUUUGUAGCUGAUCCGUCUCGAUCGCGUGUCGAUAAUCGAGAAGCGAAGAUUUUUGUUUCCCUUCUUUCAGAGUAUCUGUGUAGAUACACAGAUACAUAUAGAUAUAUGUGUCACAUGAUUAAGGAUUAUUGGAAUCUGCUGAGAUUGCUAAAUCAAUAUUUUAAGUAAAAUUGAGUUACGGCUUGUUUUUAAUAAUAUCUACAGUUACAAAAAUCAAGACCUUUGUAUAUUCCGUGAACAGAUAAAUGUCAUUUUUCAAUAUUGUCUCGGGUCUGGGUUUUGUGGUACAAUCGUUGUCUAAUAUUCUAUAUUAUGCAAGGACUAUGGCACUGAAUUUAUAUAACUUAGUAUAUUUGUCACCUUGGAAUCUAAACAAUAUAAGUAUAUUUAGUAAAAAACUUGUUUUAGGAAUGGUGAAUUUCCACUGUUAUAAGGUUUUUAAAGGCUUUCUUAAAGUCCGCGUGGAAGAUUACUCAAAUGAAAAAACACAACAUAUGUAACUUAACAGUGCCUAUAGAAGAAUAAAAAACUUGUAGUUUUAAAACGCAGACACAAAAUCACAUUCCCUCCGUGAACACAACUUUUCAAAACGCCUACCUAUUUUUUUUGGUAGAAUCGGUUUGUCGCUUUUACAUAUUAUUUACUUUCUCGUUCAUUAAUCUCCACUUUUAAUUUAUUAGCUAUUAACUACAUGCUUAUUUCAUCACAUUAUGUUAAAACUUUCAGGAAGUCACUUGUUCGCUGAACCUUUUAGCCUGUAUUUAUUUGUAUACGUAUCGCUCCGUGGAAAUCUGAAGUACGACUGCCGCGAAAUUCAUUCAACAAACCGAGAGGAUGUGGGCGGGGCGUGCGGGACGUGGCGUCAUUGGGCGAACGGCCGCUGCAAAAUAAUGGCUGCCGUCGCAUUCGGCCAAUGAGCAGCGCGCGAGCUGAACGCGCGGUCCGUCCGGCGACUGACGCGACGUUGCCAGCUUUCCCAAAAAAAAAAUACCAGAUUCGACCUUCUUAGGACUCCGUUUUUUUUUGUUUAGCGCGUUAUCAUUCGGGAACGUGCACCGGGGACCUUAUCCGUUUGUGAGAUGGUGCUCUCGGUUCGCAGGUGGACUGCUCGUGUUAUGUUUUAGUGUACUAUGGUUUGGUCAACGCCAUCAGGAGAGGUGUUGAUAGACAUCGUCACAAGGCCCGGGCAGACGGAUCACGGGCACGGCGGCGGCGCCCUGGCGUACGGCGGCAAACCGGCCGGUGCGGUGGUGGCGCCGCCGCAGCCGCGCGCGCCCCCUGCCGGCUACGCGCAGCCAUACUCGCCUGCGCUACGCCUGCACCAGCCCGGAUAUGGCUCCGCCGCACUCACAUUCAGGGAUGGCAGUGGAUACGUGCGCGGGGGAGGGGCGGGCGAGUACAGGGGCGGGCGGGUAUCACUGCUGGGCGGCGCGUACCUGCCUGCGCCAGCGCCGCAGCCGCAGCAUCAGCCCGCCGCGGAGCCACCGCCCUUCAAGAAGAUCAGAUUUGGCGUCGAACGGCCACCGCCCACGCCCCUGCCUAUGCAUCAGCCCCUCAGGGUCGAUACAAGGGAGCCGGUGAACUCGUAUAAUACCGUGGAGCUCUCUCCCAAUCCGCCUUCAGAGCCCACGGUAGAAGACCAGAGCUUCCGCACCACCAAGGAUGAUUUGCUACAACAGAUAUCUAAGGUGGAUCGUGAGAUGGCGUUGUCUGAUGCAACUCUGUCCAAGCUGAAGAAAAAGCAGGAAGAGUUGGAGCAGUCAGCGUCGAAGCCAGCGAGGGCGGAAGAACCUGAGGAAGCAGUGCCGCGACAUAGAAGUCUAGCGCAGUGUGUCUAUGCUGAAAAUAGAAAGAAGGCGAUGUUAGCGCACGCUGUGGUAUCACACCUCGGUCCGGCGGUUCAGUGGCCGCUGUACAAUCAGCCACAAGAUACAGCUGUGUACCACGACAACAUACGGAGACAUCGAGCCUUCAGGCGGCGACUCGCCAAACACAUACACCGACUCAAGAGGGAAGCUCAUAAGCGGGAGGAGAUGUUAGCUGAAGCGUAUAGUUCGCGGGCUGCGGAAUGGUUAAGGAGAGUAGAACGUAUAGAACAAGGACAAAAGAGGAAAGCUAAGGACGCUAGAAACAGAGAGUUCUUCGAGAAGGUGUUUCCUGAGCUAAGGAAGCAGCGUGAGGAACGCGAACGGUUUAACCGUCUCGGCGCCCGCGUCAAAUCCGAGGCGGAGUUGGAGGAGAUCGCGGACGGAUUACACGAGCAAGAGCACGAGGACAAGAAGAUGAGGUCCCUCACUGUGGUACCGCCGCUGCUGAAGGAUCCUACCGACACAACGCCUUUUUACAUCGACACUAAUAGACGUUGUAUGGACAUGGAGGCGGAACACAAAGGCUUACAGAAUCGUAACGUAUGGUCGGCGGCGGAACGUGAAGUGUUCCGUGAGAAAUACCUACAGCAUCCCAAGAAUUUCGGUCAAAUCGCAUCGUUUCUGCCCAGGAAGAGUGUACGGGAUUGUGUCAGGUUCUACUACUUAUCUAAGAAGGCGGAGAAUUACAAGCAGUUACUAAGGAAACCAAGACAGCGGCGGUCAGCGCGGAACCCCCCGCGCCCCGCACCUGAACCAGACCUGCCCGCUGGCGUCACCACCAGACUGCAGCGGUCACAAGGAGCGACACAACGUGCGGCUGACAAGGAGCCGAGCUUAGAAGAAGGAUUGUCUUGUAUACUGCCGCCCGCUGCACCUGCCCCCGCACAUCCCGCCCGGACUGAACUGAUUCGAACACCCCCGUUAAUACCAUCGCCGCCGCCGGCGUCGUCAGCGCCUGGUGGCGGGGCCAGCAGCGAUCCGGCGCCGACCACGCCCCCGCCACUCGAGCUCAAACCGGACACGCCGCUACCGCCGUUACCACCGAUGCCGCCGCCCGGCGUCGACACCAUACCGGUCGAGACGGUAUCUCCAACAAACGUCGCGUCCCCUCUACCUCCGGGUGGCAGCACGACGAUGGUUCCGUCUGCGGUCGCGUCCAUUCCCACACCGCCUACGCCCACGCAGCCUCCAACGCCCCCAACGCCCACGCCCACGCAACCGCCCACGCCCACGCAGCCACUGCUCAUGCCGGAAACAGCGAUGACGGAACGCGUCAGUACACCUUCGAGCGUGAGCAGUACUCCAGCGGUGUCGACGACGCCUACACCGCCGGUGACCACUAUUGCGGCGAGCUGUUGUGCAGUGUGUGGCGGGCCUAAUGCUACGCGAGCGGUUACGCGUGCACGGGCGGCUCACUACGGCCUCCAGGAGGAGUCAGCGGGCGCGCGUGUAUGCGAACAGUGUCACUGUCGUUGUGUCAGAUCGCGAUACACGAGAUGUCCAGUGCCUACAUGUCCCGGGCCCCGGGUGCGUGCGAAACGGCUCAGACAUUUGCCACCAAGAUGGCACGAUCUCAGCUUGGAACUGAAGAGGCCUCUUAUGGACGAGUUCCAAAUCCCGAGCGAGUUAAGCAAGUGUUGCUUAGCUUGCCUGAAACGUAUCACACGUCGCUUAGAGACGGUCGGUGAAGGGGCCACUGAACCCUCUGAGGAAGAGGUGUCCAGGUUCAGGGCGCUUCUGAGGGAGCACGGAACAGCGUGGGAUCGAGCCGCAGCCACCAGUGGACGAUCACCCGCUGCGUUGAAGGCGUUCUACUUUACCUACAGGAAAAAAUACCAACUCGAAUCUUGUAUAUCGGGUGGUAGUUUAGAACGUUGUGCGGCCGCGCGCACGUCAUCAGAGGAGAGCGGUAGUUCCGGUGGUUGCGAGUCAGAAGGGGGAGAGCAGGGCCCCGCGCCGCCCCCGCCCGGGCCCCGGACUGACGCCGCCGCGCCCCGUCGCGCCAGGAGGGACGAGUACGACUCCUCCGCAACAGAAACUGCGGACGAGGAGAGCGAACCGAGCGCUAAGAUUCUACCGCCCACAUCGCUACCACCAGUGAGCGUUGUAUCGUCAGCGCCGACGCCUACCCUCGUGUGCAGUACUGCCGGCACAAUCAGCACCGUGGUCUCAUCCACUCCGGCGUCCGGCGUGGCCACGGUUACCGGCGUAACCGGCGUGUCCGGCAUGCCCGGCAAUACGGCGGCGUUAGUGUCGAGAAACGGCCCCGCCAGCACGCCGCUAACCGUCAGAGACGUGGUCCUCAAUAUGAUAGAGAUCAGCUUAACUAAAAACAAUCAACCUACACCCCCGCAGCCUAAACCGCACCAAUUAAAGGUAUCAUCAUCAUCCGGUAAUCGGGAAUCAUUAGCGACACUGAGCGUGGUGAACAGUACGCACAGCGCUCGCAGCUCCCCGAGGUCCCCUCAACGCCCAGCCACGAUCACACCGCUGCAGCCGCUGCAACCGCUUCAGGACGGCGUGGUCGUGUUACAUAUAGAACCACGCCCUGAACCUCUACUCGAUUUGAGUUUGAAACGGCCACGGCACGAAUUGGCAUUUCCUCCACCUAACAAACCGCCGUAUCGAAAUAAUGACUACCCUCCGAGCUCAUACAGAACAGCGGAGAGGGAAUCACCUAACCAAUAUAACGCGAAACCGAAACCUGCCCCGCAAACGGCGCCACCAAGGCCCCAACUAAAACCGGCCACAAACCCGAAGGGUUCCAUAACGUUAGGCACCCCAGUGGAAGGCAGGUUCGAGCCGAGAAGAACCCCAGAACCGAAGGGCGGUUCGAUAACGGCCGGUACUCCGGUGCAUCACGAUAAGAGAGCGUUCGAUUUCUACAAAAGGCGGAGUCCGAGUGGACCUUAUUACGCGGGCGCUCCGCCCCAGCCGAGACCGCAUUCGCCUAAUUAUUCUGCCCAGCAGCAAGGCAGCGGGGCAGGUUAUUCCCGCAGUCCGUACGGGCUGGAGCAGCGUCAGAUCAUCAUGGCGGACUUCAUCACGUCGCAGCAGAUGCACGGCGGGGCCCGGCGCCCCGAACGGGACCCGCGCCCUGCGUCCCCCUCCCCGCCGCCUCCCUACCGCCGCGAGCCCGUCUCCGUUAUACAGCGGUAUCCGCACCAACCGCCCCCGCCACCGCCCCCUACAGGUCACGAAGCGUUCACGUCCCUGGUGGACGUGGCAUCGGCGGCGCCAGCACUGCCAGUGCCACGCGUUGCUGAACAGAAACCAGAACCCAAGACCACACAUCAACAGCACCCCCAACACUCCACACAUGCGCCAUCUACGCAUGACAUCAGAUUACAAGACAGACUUCAACGCGACAUAGCGAUAGCGCAGAAGUACCAUCAACAACAUUUACAGUAUCAAGUAUUGGAACGAGAUAGAAGAGUACAACAAGCCCAAUAUUUGGAAAGAGACAGACAAAUAGCGUUACAACAAAGUAGAGAUCGUGAACGAGCGAUGGCGGCACAACUAGAGCGACAUGCAGCCGGUGAGCAUGCUCAUCACGCUCAACUACAUGACCGUCAUCAUCUGCAACAUCCACAGGUGGUAUCAAGUCAAGAGAGUGAGCGACGGAUGGCUUACACGCAACAUAAACAACAACAACAACAGCAACAACAACAACACAGAUCUCAAACGCAUCUGAUAGAUCGGAAAGAUGGUCGUCCCCCGGUGGCAGUGAGCGUAGCAGGCGCGGGACAGGCGGUGGCGGGGGCGGGCGCAGUGGCGGUAGCGGGAGCGGGCGCGGGCGCGGAUCCACGGCGCCCAGGCGAGGGUACUCUUACCGCCGCCUCGCUGAUAGACGCCAUCAUUACCCACCAGAUCAGUCAGACCACUGACACACAACAACGAUACCCGACUAUGAGGGAAUGCGACAAUGGUGCCCCUAAUCCUCAACAAGGCGAACGAGAGCGACCCACGUGCGAGCGACCGGAGCGACCUGAACGACCGGAGCGACCGGACCGACCCGACCGACCGGAGGACCCACAGCAUACGACCAGCAUCAAACUGGGAGAUCUAGCGUCCAACAUCAUCACCAGAGACUUCUGCAGUCCCACUGCUGCGCUUGUACAUCAUAAUAACCGUUUCACGGUGUCAACGUCGGAGGGGUACAGUGUUGGAGUGGGGGGCGUGGGUGGCGCGGGAGGCGCGGGGGCGGGGGCGGACGAAUGGAAGCGACGAGACGCGCCCAAACAUGCGCCUUAUCUUGUGGAACCAGUGUCGCCACCGGAUAACCACCAUCCUAACAGGAGCAAUAGCAGUCGCCGUUACAGCGGCGCGGGCGGUGUAUUGACAGCGUUCGAUUACGUCACCAACCGAAUAGUUGAGGUGAUGAGAUCAGACGCCGAUGAACGAGCGAAGCCGCCAACAUUCCCUACCGCGUACGCGUACCCAUACUCAGCUCUCAACGUGCCUGCUGACGCGGGCGGCAGCAGCAGCAGCUCAGUGGGCGGCGGGGUGGGCGGAGUGGGGGUCGGGGUGGGCGUGGGGUCAGUGCCCGUAUCGGUAUCAGAGCCGGCGCCGCUAAUGUCGUCUCAGUACGAGCCGCUAUCGGACGAAGACUGACCCCCCCGGGCUCCACCUCACCCACCUAACUCAGUCUCCUAGCGGACCCGUCUCUCCGUCAUAUGCCGAGCGCCCAGCGCUGAUACUCGCUAACAAGAAGUUCAUACAAGAGUUUAAUUGCGGCGUACGAAAAUUCAAAUGGAGAAGCGUCGUAUGCCAGAGAAUUGUUUUAAACUUGUAUUUGUUACGCUUUGGAAGUUGAAAAUGUGUUUUGUUGCAAAUCUUUUUUCACCGCUACUAUUCUUAAAUGCGUCAAGAUUAUUGAAAAAAGAAUACAAAAUAAUAAGAAGAAGAAAAGGAAAGAGAAAAUAUAUUUGAAUAUCCUAGAAUAAUGAAAAAAAAAAAGAUUAAGAAGGUAUUGAGUAACAAAAUUUAAAAUACGACUGAAUCGAUAUGAGUGACGACUAGGAACAUUUGAGAUUAUAAAGAAGAAUAAUUUGAGUGACUUCUGUUGACCGAGCAUAACGCUUAAAGUAGGAGCAUCAAUGAACGCUUUAACAUUAUUUAAAUGUGAUGCAACAUUCGGGAAGUCACUAAUUUUAGUGGCAAGUGUAAAAGUUUAUUGAGCUUAAAAAUGAACGCUAGCUAAACGCAAAGUGCUUUUGACGCGCGAAUGAACUCCAAACCAUUGAGCAUGACUACAUAAACUCAAAAUCGUUAAAUGAUCAUGUGUAUGUGAAAAGUGCAAAAAUUAUAUAAUAAUAAAUAUAAAUUAAACAAAAAAAAAACUUUUUCUAUCUAAUCUAAAAAUAAUUAUAAACUUGAAUUUAUCAUUCGAAAAUUUAAACAACGAUUAAAUAUAAUCAACUUCUUAAUUAUGGAAUAACAAUUUGUUAAUUAUAUUUAAAAAAAUUAAAAUCAAAGUCGAGUAUCCAUAAUGUUUACGGAGAGCAGUGAAUUACAGACAUUUUUUAAAUAUAACAAAAGGACAAUAGUCGAUAGUGACCUUGGUUUUUUGGGAGUGUAAAACACUUGAUUAUUUUUUAAAACAGGGAUAUUAAUACAUUCAAUGUGUUGUGGUGAGCUUUAAAAUGUGGACUGGUGCCGGUAACAAGGAGACCGCUUACCAUCAUGGUUGCUGUAUCAUCGCAGUGGACACUGUAUAAAAAUCAUUAAAAUAUGUAAACAAUGUACAGUGAAGACAAACGAAUAUAGGUUAUAUUACAAUACAUUUUUGUGAUAUUGUCUGUAAAUUAGGCACAUAAUUUGAACUUAUAUAUAUAUAUACACGCAAUAUCCGCUGCCUCGAUAGUUAAAAUUGUGAUAAAUGAAUUAAAUGUUAAUCAAUGCAACUGUCAUUUACUAUUUUAGAGUUGUGCUAGAACAUUAUAUCUAAAUCAUUUUCAUACCAGUGAUAUUUUAUGUGUAUAAUUUUUUUUUGUGUAACAGGGACUUAUGCCUCAUUUGUUGAAAAAUAUCGAAUUGAUUAAAGAAAGGAGUAAAUAAGCAUAUAUUUUAUUUACUUAACUUUCGUAUGAUAAUGAUCUAGCACAUCACACGAAAAAAAAAACAGUAAAUUUUCAAUACAAUACAAUCUAGUAUUGUUUUAUAAUCUUCAUAAGCUAAAUGUUUGUUAUAUGGAUAUAUUCUCAUUAAAUUGGUAAAAUUUAGGGCAUUUUUUUUAAGUUUAACUGCCGCGAAAUAUACCAUAACACGUUUUUUAAGUAUGUUUAAUGCAACCGGGUGUAGCGGUUUCCUUGGGAACGGUGAAAUUUUUUGUAAUAUUUUAUCCAGUCUUCCAUGCGCACUCUGAUGACGGGGACAGUAGACUAUAGGGUUUCCACGCGACUUCGUCCAUAAAAUGUAGCGUCACUUAGGUACUAACUUUGUACAUUAUUGUGUAUAGCUGGACGCGGGCUCUGUACAGCAUGCCCGUUACCAACACUUUUUGUAAGAUUAUUAUUACAAUUAAUUAAUUAUUAUUUUUGUAAAGCUUCGGAUUUCGCUGUGGCGCCGUUCAUUUAUUAGUUAGCUGCGCGUAGUCGAAUUUAUCACUUUUCUUGUAAAUAGUUCAUCUCAUUCGUCGUAGCGAUGUCCGAGGUCAUGACCUUUAUGAUACACACACACACGUAUAUAUAUGUAAACUCGGUAAAGUUAACGUUAAAACUAUAUACAUAUGUAAAAGUGUAUGGUUAAUGUGUAAACACUGUGCAUUUGUAAUUAUGUAGAAGUUAGUUAAGGUUUAAUUAUAGAGAUUUCAUUUUUUUUAGUUAAGCCCGGCGCCGGCCGGCGUGGACUCGCGGAGGUCUGCAUCCGCAGUGAACGAUGUUUUUUUUAAUUAUUUUAUUUUUGAAUUAGCUCAAAGAGUAUUUACAUUGUGAUCGAGUGUUAGAAAUUGUGAAUAGUUAUUAUUUUGUUUAGCGUUUGUCGUCGCCUUGUUCCCGCAAGUGACGACUGUAAAUUUUUACAGGUAAUUUUUAUAAUGUUCGAGAAACGUUUCUUUCAUAUUGAAAGUUUUGUUUUUAUAAUGAUGAGGGUGAGCGUGUGGGUAUUGAUUGGGUGCAGAUCUGUCCGCGCCGCGUGUUACAUUUUUUUUGUAAAUGUCUUUUCGAUUAAUGUAAAAACGACUGAUUAUAUUAACACGAGUGAUGGCGCGGCGGCCGCCGGGUCGCUCUCGACAUUGUGAUUUCUUUAUAAAACUGUAAUGUUAUGUAAGUAGCCGAAAGAAAAGAUAAUCCUUGUAAGUCCGAUCAUAAGUGAAAACAAAAGUUCUGGGAGGACAAAUCAAUAAAUAAGAUGCAAAUCUAAACUUAUGCGUUUCAUUUAAUUUAAAAAAUGUGUUUGAACCACUACAGGGCACGAUUUAUACAUUAUUCCCUUAUGGACUAAUUACAUAUGAACAGAAACCCUAAAAUAGAAACAGAACGAAAAAUAAAUAAUUUACUGCCGGCGUUUAAUGGACGGUCUCCAAUGGCUGGCUAAUUUAACUCCAAAAUUGGUUAUAGUUGCGCAAGCGCAGCAGGAAGUAGAAUUGAUGGUACACAUAGUAGCAAAUUAAGCGCGAGUUACUGGCUGACAGACCUUUCCUAUGAAUCGAAUAAAAAAGAAAGGACGGGUUAUAACCCACUACACGGUCCUAUAGAGAUUGGUGCGUGUUAACGACCAAUGACUUGACGUAGGUAUCUACCAAAGCACAUAAAAGCUCAAGAUCUCAAAGCACAUAAUAGUCUAUGAUUCACUGUUCUGUGACAUGUUCAUGCGAAACUCAUUGCACAGCGAACGCUCUAACCAUUCAACGUAUACGACUGAAAGAAACGUCGUGUUAGAUAGAUCUUGAUAAUACAAAUUAAACUUCGAAAAACCGUGACAUUUCUAUAUUUAAAAUAUUACACAAUAUUGAUCUCUAGAAACGUACUAUUACACCGUGCACGAACUUUAUUAAAAAAAUACUUGUUUUAUUGCCCUUUAUUUAUUAUAAAUAAUAAUCAUUAUUUAUGAUAACAACCAAUGUUACUUUUGCCUUUACCACUACUUCUUAUGUCAUUGACGAUUAAAGAUUUCGCGUCGCGGAGACUUGUGCUAAGAGUUUCUUUGCUGAAAGUCAAUCAGCAGGCAGAAACCGGGUCCAUAGUUGGGCAUCAAUUCCACAAUCAGAACAAAGACUUACUAAAUUAUUAAAAUUGCGAGUUUUAUACAUAAAUAAUUGCUGAUGACAAAAAUCAAUAAAUGCUAUUUGGUAAAAGUGUGUUGUCUCUAAUUCAGCAACAUUCGUAUAGUAAGUAGGUAGUAACGGUACGUACGUACGGCAUGAUAUCAAAGUAGAUGUAGUAGUAUCUAAAAUUCUCUCAUACAAGUAUGUUGCGCAAGCAGUCCGCGUAGCAUGACGAACUCGGGAGAUUCGCGGGCGAGAGCGAUAUAUUGUAUAGGCAUUUCUCACUUUGGAGCCUCUCGAGUGUUUCUCAAGUCUCAUGUGUUCUCAUUUUACAAGUUCUGCUUGUGACACAGCUGUUGUCUUUACAUAGUUGAUUUUGAACUAUAUUCCAAACGUAUUAAGGUUUAAAAUUAAGAGUUUUGUAUAACCAAGAUUUAAAAUCUAGAACACAACUGAUGUUCUCUUGAUCGUACUAAUACGCAAGCAAAAGAAAAUUAAUGUGACCUUCUCGUAUAUUAAAUCGAAUUAUUCACUUAUUAAGUCUCUAACUUAUCAGUUAAUGACGAAAUCGAUACAAAUUUCCCAUGAUACAUAUUUUCGGAUUUUUUUCGGAGCAUACCGAUCGAACAAAUCUUUCGUAGACGUUUAACUGCUUUGUAGCAAUGGAAAUUUCAUUGUAUUUCUCGCCUCCAUCCUUUAUACCCUUAUCAAUUACCACAAGUCGCCAUUUUGAUUGUUUUGCACAAAGGUUACAUUAGUAUUCUACUUCUAAGUCUCUUACCUGCUUGCAUAAUUUUCAUAU